AUGACCACAGUGCAAGAAUCAGAGGAUGGCGCGCGCAAUCUGGCGGUCAGCGAGGUGGAUGAAGGCCUCACCAAAGCCAUUGCACACAGCAAUGAGCUGGAGCAGCGCGCUCGACAGCUUCAGGCACACUUCCAACAAGCGCAAAAAGGCAUGGGAGAAAUCAGUCGGUUGUGCGACCAGGCAGACACUUCAGUCGUGCGCAGCCAGGCGCUUCUGAAUCGCUCAGCCCAUCGGAUUCACGAGCUCAGCGAGCGGCUUCAACACCUUGUGCAGGCUCAUCAGCCUGCUGAAGGAGGUGCCUCCUUCCCAUCCACAUCAGGCGCUUUAGGCCGUGCUGAUGGACGCACAGGGCCCCGGAGCAAAAGCAAGCCAAGCGCGGGUCCGAGAAGGCCAUCAUCAAGCAGGGGCAGCGCGCGGUGA